AUGGUAACCACACACCUGCCUCUCUCACUCCCUGACUGCAGAUUUAAAACGAAGCCUCAGACCAGCGGUCCUCUGGACCCGGGACCAGCAGAAGAGCAGCAACCAGAGCAGCAACCUGAGGAGCAACCUGAGGAGCAACCUGAGCAGCAACCAAAGCAGCAACCUGAGCAGCAACCAGAGCAGCAACCUGAGGAGCAACCUGAGGAGCAACCUGAGCAGCAACCUGAGGAGCAACCUGAGGAGCAACCUGAGGAGCAACCUGAGGAGCAACCUGAGGAGCAACCAGAGAAGCAACCAGAGGAGCAACCAGAGCAGCAACCUGAGGAGCAACCUGAGGAGCAACCUGAGAAUCAACCUGAGGAGCAACCACAGCAGCAACCUGAGGAGCAACCAGAGCAGCAACCUGAGGAGCAACCUGAGGAGCAACCUGAGAAUCAACCUGAGGAGCAACCUGAGGAGCAACCAGAGCAGCAACCUGAGGAGCAACCAGAGGAGCAACCUGAGGAGCCACCUGAGGAGCAACCUGAGCAGCAACCAGAGCAGCAACCUGAGGAGCCACCUGAGGAGCAACCUGAGGAGCAACCAGAGCAGCAACCUGAGGAGCAACCAGAGGAGCAACCUGAGGAGCCACCUGAGGAGCAACCUGAGGAGCAACCAGAGGAGCAACCAGAGGAGCAACCUGAGGAGCAACCAGAGGAGCAACCAGAGCAGCAACCUGAGGAGCAACCAGAGCAGCAACCUGAGAAGCAAACUGAGGAGCAACCACAGCAGCAACCUGAGGAGCAACCUGAGGAGCAACCUGAGAAUCAACCUGAGGAGCAACCUGAGGAGCAACCAGAGCAGCAACCUGAGGAGCAACCAGAGGAGCAACCUGAGCAGCAACCAGAGCAGCAACCAGAGCAGUAA